CACUUUGGUUUGUCAGUAGGUACAAACUCUCAAACACAUACAAGGAGAUUUUGGGCGUUUACAGUGAUAACACUUUUGUCAGGCCUAAUGCUAGAACAUUUUAGACCUGAAAGUUUUUACACUUUGUAUAUUUAAUGUUACAGAUCCUAUGAAGGAGGCAGGAUGACCAAAUUAGCAACUCUGAACAAAUUGAAGCAGCUAGAGGAGUCUGGAUUUGGUCAGUGUUAUCCACGACAUGGCCUCAAGCUGCUUUACUGGUUUGCUAAUGACUGUGUGUAUUUUGAUAGCUACAGUAACAUGUGCUGGCAGUACGACCCAGAGGACGGAGAUUUCGGAUUUCAUCUGUUCAAAAACAGGACUGACGAUUAUGGUCAGAAACUCCUGCCUGAUGUGGACAUUGAUUACUAUGAGGUGGGCAAUCUGAGCAAAGCAGGAGCAGAUGACCUGCCAGAUUACGUUCUGGAAGAUUACGACCAAAACCCUGAUGACUGUGAGAGCAACAUGGAGCGGAUUAUAGUCAGCGUUGAUGAUGAGUGUAUUGAAAGAGUUUAUGUGACGGAACACACUGACCAGGCAGAUUUCAACAAGGAAGCCACCUACCGCAUCAGCAGGGGCCUCAUUAAGAUUAUCAGGGAUCUGACCUUAGAGGACUUCCUCUCUAAAACUGGGUAUUCUCUGCAAGAAGACUCUGAUGAAAGUUGUACAGACGAUGAUGAUGAUGAUGACGAUGAUGAAGAUGUCAGUGAUUAUGAUGAUAAUGACGACGAUUUUGACAACAACAGUGAUUAUGUUGGGAACAACUAUUUUGCGGACGACUUCGAUGAUGACAGCGAUGAUGACGAUGAUGACAGCAAUGAUGAUAAUUGACGGCGAUGAUAGUGAAAACAACGAUGAUGAUGAUGAUUAUUAUUAUAUUUAAGAUAACGCUGAUUAGUGAAUGAAUUUGAGAGAUAUGAGUAAGACCAUGUAACAAUACAAUACUGAUCUAUAUAUAAUGCAAUACAACAUAACCCAUGCUGCAUCAUGAGUGAUAUUUUGAGUAGUUUUAUUUUACUACAAUAUUUAUUAUUAGUAGUAUUUUUUCUUUAGUUUUUUUUAAGCAUUACACUCUUUUAAACACCGGUUUUCACCCCCUAUUUUAUUGGACUAUAUCACUGUGCUGUUGCAUUCUGGAUUCUGAUUGGACUGUACCAAACUAAGGGCACAGGGGGGAGGAAAGUGGAUAGAAGCUCAGACUCAGGGCAGUUUUAGGGCAGAUCAAAAUCUGUUUCCUAAGUAGUAAACAUGUGCUGCGACAAAGCUAUAGCACAGACAAAUAAAAAUAAAUAAAUAAGGGAGCAUUUUGAACAGCUUGUGCUAGUUUUCUGAAUCCUGGUAAGAAAGAAUGGAGAAUAGAAAUGUAUUAAAUAUUAUCAAAUAACUUUUGAAUUAAAAUGUCUUUUUGGCAGCUGGUUUAAACAUCUAUAAAAUUUUAGAGCUUUGCUUAGGAAUGGCCAGAAGACGUUACAAUUAUAACAACUUAUAUGUUAAUGGUUAUUAAUAA